CCCUCCACGCCCCCACCUGCCCGGUCCACGCCGAGCUCACUGACAACUCGUGCGCUCCCUGCCCUGGAGCUUCGACCCCCAGCGCCAUGGAAGCCGCUAAUCUUUCAGUGGCCACCGCCAGCGUUGCCCUUGCCCUGGGACCCAAGACUUGCAGCAGUAGCCCAAGCCCGAGCGGGAUACUCAGUUCGACCCCGGGUAAUGCCGUCCUGCCGGGUCGGGAGCCGCCCUUCUCUGUCUUCACGGUGCUGGUGGUGACGCUACUAGUGCUGCUGAUCGCAGCCACUUUCCUGUGGAACCUGCUGGUUCUGGUCACCAUCCUGCGGGUCCGUGCCUUCCAUCGCGUGCCGCAUAACUUGGUGGCCUCGACGGCCGUCUCGGACGUACUAGUGGCAGCGUUGGUGAUGCCACUGAGCCUGGUGAGUGAGCUGUCUACCGGGCGACGUUGGCUACUGGGCCGGAGCCUGUGCCACGUGUGGAUCUCCUUCGACGUGCUGUGCUGCACGGCCAGCAUCUGGAACGUGGCGGCCAUCGCCCUGGACCGCUACUGGACCAUCACGCGCCAUCUGCAGUACACGCUGCGCACCCGCCGCCGCGCCUCGGCGCUCAUGAUCGCGCUCACCUGGGCGCUGUCUGCGCUCAUCGCCCUCGCGCCGCUGCUCUUUGGUUGGGGCGAGGCGUACGACGCUCGGCUCCAGCGCUUCCAGGUGAGCCAGGAACCCUCCUAUGCCGUCUUCUCCACCUGCAGCGCCUUCUACCUGCCGCUUGGCGUGGUGCUAUUCGUCUACUGGAAGAUCUACAAGGCAGCCAAGUUUCGUUUCGGCCGCCGCGGGAGAGCUGUGCUGCCGUUGCCGGCCACCAUGCAGGUAAAGGAAGCACCUGAUGAGGCCGAAAUGGUGUUCACGGCACAUUGCAGAGCAACGGUGGCCUUCCAGGCGAGCGGAGACUCCUGGCGGGAGCAGAAGGAGAAGCGAGCAACCAUGAUGGUGGGAAUUCUGAUUGGCGUGUUUGUGCUGUGCUGGAUCCCCUUCUUCCUGACGGAGCUCAUCAGUCCACUCUGUGCCUGCAGCCUGCCCUCCAUUUGGAAAAGCAUAUUUCUGUGGCUUGGCUACUCCGAUUCUUUCUUCAACCCCCUGAUUUACACAGCUUUUAACAGGAACUACAAUGCCUUCAAGAGCCUCUUUACUAAGCAGAGAUGA